AAUAAGCUCUCAGUCCGCUUUCGUCACUUGAGUUAUCCAGUAACAUAAACUUUAAAAAAAUGUCUGAAUUGACUUCUUUUUUCACAGAAAAAGCUAAAAUAAAUUUUGGCGAGGAUGAAAGUCGUAAAAAUCAGUCAUUGGCGCAAUUUAGGGAGUGGAUUUGUAAACAUCCGUUUAUUAAAAGAUGCAAUCCUACCGAUGCUCAUCUCCUCGCACACCUCCGUUGCUGCAAAUACUCAAUGUCCAACGCCUUCGAACAAUUUGAAAAAUGUCUGUUGUUUAUCAAAACACAUGAAGAUUGGUUCAAAUUAUCAGCUGAGGAUUACGAGCGAGCAUUGCAACUUUAUGAAUCUGGAUUUAUCAAAAUAUUAAAGAAGAGGGACUCUGAGGGACGCAGAAAUGCCGUUUUUACGAGUAGUCUUGGCGACCCAAAUAAAUUUAAUGGCGAUGAUGUAAUGAACCUGCAAUGCAUUUUAUUUCCAAUUUUAAUCAACGAAGAGGAAACUCAAAUUUGCGGGAUGAACUACAUUAAUAGCUGCAAAAACACAACAGUUAGCCAUUUAUCAUUAUUAUCCAUGAAAAAAACAUUCGAUGCGUUGACUAACCUCAAAGUUUUCCCGCUGAGUGUCAAAAAUAUUUUCAUCAUUGGCGUGCCACAAUUUGCUACACAAGCGUUAAACAUGUUGAAAUAUGUACUCACUGAUAAAAUGAGGAAGAGAUUUCAUGUUUUUAAUGAAGUAUCGGAUUUAUCAGAUGAAAAUGUUAAAGCUGCUUUGAGUGACGAUUGUGGAAGUAAGGAAGUUGAGAAUAUUCGUGAAUUGGUGAAGAAACAUUCGGAAAUGUUGAGUAGUUUUCUGGAUUUUGAACUUGAUAUGGAUAAAGCUAGUGAAAGUAAAAAUGUGAAGAGUUUUGAGAAUGUUGGAAGCUUUAGGAAGCUUGAGAUUGAUUAAGAAUUGUGUGAUGAUUCUUAAAUAUUUAUGGAUAAGCUAAUGAUAAAAAAACUAUGUGAAAAUGGUAAUAAGCUAUUCAAAAAAUGAAAAACUUCAAAAAUAAUUUGAAAAAAAUUCAAAAUUUUCAUUAAUUUCUAGAAUCUGGUUAAAACCUAACCUAACAAACCGAUUAAAAACUUCAAAUGCAAAUAUCAUUUCCGUAUAUGAUUCUAUGACGUCAAAAACCUGUUUAAUCGAAUCAAUCUAUUAUUAAUUACAUACUUUUUGUUGAUAGAUAUUAAUACAAAUGAAAAAUUGUGCAAUAAAGCUGUGUCAAGUUGAUUAACGGAAUUAACCUUUAGCACUUGAUUGAAAAAUAAUUGGUGUGUUGAGAGGAGUUGUAGAGUAAUUUAAACUUGAUUAUGAGCAUUCGAAUGCAAAUCAAUGAUUUAUUAAAACUUAAAAUUUAAAAUGUUAAUUGCAAUAGUUUUCAAGUGCAAAAAGUGAAAUGAUUUAUGUUGUAAUAUAUUAAUAAUUGUUGGAAUUGUAAUUUAGAAUAGUAUAUUGAAGUUUGUUAAUGAUUAAAGCUGAUUUAAAUAUUAAAAUAUCGAAUUGUUAUUGUUUUAUGACUCUAAAGACUUAUAAGACUGAUCGUAAGUUCUGAUCAGAUAAUCCCGAAAAGCACAAGUUGGUUAAUCAAAUAAAAACGGUCACCAAGCCAGCAUGACUCAUGGUGCUUGUUUCAAUCUAAAUCGAGCACCAUCCAAAGGCCUUAUUUUUGAUCGAUUAACCCAGUGUUGUCCAAACUUUUUCCAGCCACGUCACACUUUGACUUUAGAUAUUUUUUCACGGCACACUUAAGGACGUCUUACGGUACACACUUUGAACAACACUGGAUUAACCGAAUUCUACCUUUCGAGAAUAUUUCAUUAAAAUAAUCUAA